CCAGCCCUUUGUUUGUGUCACCUAUCCAGUGGCUACCCAGUAAUGGAGUACUAGUACAUGUAAUCGAUCAUCGCUGCAGCAUUUGCCGGUAAUUUGCCUCGAGAUCCUUGGAUCGAAAAUACCCCGUGUGGGUCCUUGCUUUUAGUAGCUGCCAUUGGCCAUGAAGACUGCCACUCCACUGUCUUAUGGGCAGUUUGUGCUAUUGCAAGUGGUGUGCAUCUGCACUAGUCUACUGUCGUUGGUUGGAUCUUCCCUGAUCAUCGUAUGUAUCUUGCGCCAACGAAGGACGCAAGCAGUGCUAGUGGGAAGGGACGCCCUUCACCAGUUUCUGCUUGGCCUGAGUCUCUCCGACUUGAUUGCAUCCUCAGCUCUCCUCACAAGCACAAUAAUGCUCCCAAAAGAUUCCCUACCUGACGUUCCGUGGGCUCUAGGAAAUCAGGCCACUUGCUCUGCGAGUGCAUUUUUGUACAUUUGUGCUGCCACUGGCACGGCGUUCUACAAUUGCUUCAUUUCCAUACACUUUUGGAGAACUGUACGAGCAACCAGACAACGAGCUGGUACUUGUUGUGGUGCGCAGCAGAGAAGCCACUGGCUCUUGAUUGCCGCACAUGCCACCGCUCUGAUAGUCUCUCUCCAAUUCGCUCUCGCGGGAAUACUCACCGACGGCUACGCGGCCCAUCCCUUUCUAGGCAUUUGCUUCUUCAAGCCCCCACCGCAAAACCCGGCCUGUCAGCAACAAAAUGCCACCAACAACAGUACUACUGGCACCGGUACCGGUACUUCCAAUUAUAAUGAUACUCUCAGUGCUUGUGAACCGACGGUAGGAUUCCACAUUGGAAGGAUCAGCAUCUUUACGAUUUUCAUUCUUGCGGUUAUCAGCAUCUCCUUCACGAUUUCUCUGACGAGACGCGUCCGGGAAAACUUCAGGAGAUCGCAACGAUUUUCGUCUCGCCGAUGGUCGUCCCCACCACAGCACCACACGAACCCAGCUGCCACCAGUGGCAGUUCCAAUCAAUUUCCUUCGGGGGCUAUUACAAGUGCUGCAUCCUCUAGUACUACGUUCCGGCCGUCCAUCUCCCUUGGGCUGCAAAGAAUGUCCAGCUGGAGGCAGCCGUCCUUUCGACGACAAUCUAGCGCCGACAACGACCACCAUCAGCAGCAAGAGCAACAGGACCAGCGCCUCAAGGAUGUGGCACGACAAGCUUUCUGGUACACGGCCGCGUAUUGUAACACGUUUUUCUUUCCUGUGGUGGCUACGGUGGUCGUCAAUGUCACCGAUGCUAACUUCAAUAGAGGUCAACCCGGAUUCUAUACCCUCUUGUUCUUUUUGGCGCUCUGUAUGCCGCUCCAAGGGGCACUCAAUGCGAUUGUCUUUCUCCGCCCACGGUACAAGGCAUGGCAACGGUAUUUCAAACAUAAUGACAUGAAACGGCAUCGCCAAUCAUCAGCACGCAACGUUUCGACUCGGGUGCAGACGACGACGAAGAAUCGUGCAAAUGAUGAUGAAGACGAACCAUCCAGCAGGCACGACCCCGAAAGUAGUUGUAACAUUGAUCAUUCCAGCAGGACUGCUGCUGUUACCGUUACGACAACUGAAGCCCUCCCAGCUUCAUCAUCAGCAACAGUGUCAGCAACAAAACACGGUAGACACAGGAACGAGGGAAUGCCUUUUUGGACUACAAUUCUACGAAAAGCUGUCAUGGAGGAUGUCCCUUCGAUACGACAACGACGUCGAGUUGUGGAUGUUCCCCGAAUGACCUCCACAGAUCCCGCGUUGGACGAUCCUGUCCAUAUUGUGGAUACGAGUUCGAGAAACACUCAAAGCAACACUUCAUGUUGUAGAGGAGCCAACAUCAACAUGGAAGAAAACGACAGCAUCACGAACAAUGAUGACACUGCAGCUUCAUCAUCAAUAGUGUUGUCGCGUCCGGCUUUGGCAUCUGCUGAAGAACCCGUAUCCGAACUCGAGUUAUCGUCUGGAGACAUCAAGUCCCCGCCAAGCUCGUCUCCCUUGACGACGUGUCAAGAAGCUGGCAGCAUCAGCGACGACGACGGAGAUGACUGUGGUCCAGAGCAGGUUUCGGACUCAAACGCUGGUACCGAAGAAGAAACCAUACAUGUAGUACGAGCACAUGUAUCUUGGGAACCGCGAAGCGAUUUGACACCGAGAAGUUGAUGGAUACCAUGGCUGAUGACAAACGUUUUUCCUUGCGAGUGGAUCAAUACAAAGUAGGGGUACCGACGUAGGGGUAUUCAAUCCACCAAGAGCCUAGCGACCACCCACUGUUGCAAUCACAGAUUUACGGGGUCGUACGGUACGGGGAUAUCUGUACGACUGUAGCUCAGGUACGAAACAACAAGCAACGGCUUUGGUACGCGACCGUGCAACUUAUGUCCUAGUAGAGAGCAUCGUUCCCAGUAAAGGGCUACCGUACGAAUGAUGUAAUGGCACAGCGAUCCCGUUCGAAGUUUACACCGGCGACACUCAGAUGCAGCGCGUCUAGCAAGUCAAAAGUGGCGGUGCCUGUCAUUGCUUUGUUCGGUACACGUGUACCGUACUCUAAUCUUGACUACUGUCAUCCAGCCAUGCUCCCAUGCCGGUUCCGCGAAAGCAAGCUAGUGCUGCCAGUGUUUCUCCAUUGCGUUCCACUUACCUGCAGCAACUAAAUAUUCAAAGUCGUUCGGUAUGGCACAAUCUAGUAGAUCAGAACUCUGUAAAAGUAGCAAUGUCGCAGCCUUGCAUGCUGCUU